AUGGUAACACCGCUUUUCCGGGCUCUCAAGACACUCAAACUACCCGAGUCUGCCCUCCGUUCCGUUCACAUAAUCGAAGAUGGAUCAUAUCUCCCAUCUUCAUUCAAGGUAGACAUACUCGCCCAAAGUUCCAUUGCUGUCUCAGCGCUAGCAGCUUCUCUCUUUUACUCCCAUCGGAGAAAUUCCUCCAUUUCGAAUGUCAGCAUAUCGACCAAGCACUCAUGUGCAGAAUUCAAGUCAGAACGCUUGUACACCUUAUGUGGAAAACCAGCGCGUCCUCCAUGGGGUGUGCUAGGCGGAUUACACAAGACGUCCGAUGGAUAUAUUCGCAUGCACGACUCUUUUCCCGAUCACAGGGCAUGUGCUCUACGGAUCCUCGGCUUGGAGGAGAAUGCGACGAGAUCUGACGUCGCUGGGAAAAUGCUAACCUGGAAAGCUGUCGAACUCGAAAAGGAAGCUUUCCAGAGCGGAGCUGUAAUUCUUGCCUUGAGGUCGUUCGAAGAAUGGGACGCUUUGCCACAAGCAAAAGCUUUAUCCGACUGUCCCAUACUGCUCGAGAAAUUGAAAGAUAGUUCUCCAUAUUCACCCGCAUUUCUAGAGGAACGAGAUCACAAGUGUCUACAGGGGGUACGAGUCGUGGAAUUAAGCAGAGUUAUCGCAGCUCCGGUAGCCGGAAAGACUCUGGCUGCCCACGGCGCAGAUGUGGUAUGGGUCACUUCUCCCAACCUCCCCGACCUACCUGAUCUGGAUCGCGAUCUGAGCAGAGGGAAAAGAACUGUCCAACUCGAUAUCAACAAACAAGCGGAUAAGGAAAAACUGUUAGAUCUGAUAAGGUCCGCAGACGUUUUCAUCCAAGGUUACCGACCAGGAAGUCUCGCAGCGAAACAACUCUCACCAGAGGAACUGACAAAAUUGAACCCAAAUUUGAUCAUCGCAAACAUGUCUGCAUGGGGUCCUACAGGCCCCUGGGCCCGGAAUCGUGGGUUCGACUCACUGGUACAGACUGCCACUGGACUCAACGUAGCCGAAGCCAAAGCUUAUGGUGAAGGCGAGGUUGCGCAUGUUCUUCCAUGCCAGGCUUUGGACCAUGGCGCGGGUUAUUUGCUGGCCACGGGUGCUAUUGCUGCGCUUUACAAGAGAGCUACUAAGGGAGGCGCAUAUCGAGUUGAUGUUUCACUUGCUGGUGUAGGGAAGUAUCUCCGCUCGCUGGGCCGUUAUGAAGGGAUGACAGGAUUUGAAAGACAAGAUAUCAAAAAUCCCGAGGAUGUUUCCGAAUAUCUCGAGACUAGAGAGUCUGGUUUCGGGGAGCUGGUAGCUUUGAGACAUUCCGUAACACUUGAAGGUCUAGAUGUUGGUUGGGAUAUCAUGCCAAUGCCACUGGGAAGUCACGAACCUAGGUGGAUAGGCUAAAGUAAAAUCUUAUCACGAUCAACACAUCUUUGCGAGUCGUGCAUGAAGUAUGAGAUUCUUAUCCCCGGUUUAUCGACUUCAUAAAACAUUGUAAAGGGCUGCGUCCAAAGUUUAAAGAUCAAAGAUCGUACAAUAUUGGCUGUAGUGGAGGCUCAUGCAUAUUUGCUAUUUAUCAGCACAACUAUUGUAAUUAUAUAGCUAUUAUAAUUUGUGCAGAGUUGAGUGGUAGUUCUCUGAAUACUUCUGCUAGAUCAAUGCUUGCUUCUCGAGCCUUUGGCGGCUGAUCAGCAUGCUAGAAUCAACUAUAGGUUUUCUCUAGAGAGAAUGAUUCAUAGCACAAGCCGUCUCCGGACUUGACGG